UACAGUGUAGUCAGACUUCAAGUACUAAUGUAGGUCGUUUGGUUUGGUCCAGGAUAGUUAGGACCUAAUUUAAACUAACAUAACCGUGGUUCAAACGUCCGCUCACCAAUUGUAUAGUAUGUAUGUGCAAAUUAGCGUUUUUGGCAAAAUAUGAACAUUUUAAUUUUUAACAGAAACUGCUAAUUUACACAAAAAUGGAGGUCAAAUUUGAGUAAAACCCCAAAAAAUAAAAAAACUAUUCUCAUACCAAAGAAACCAACCAACCAACCACCCUACCUAACCAAACCUACAAGGAGGAGACAACUGACUCUUAAGUGAGGAAUAUAACCUCGGAUGGCGUCAACAGUGGUGCGACGUUUCUGCAGACUUGCUCCCAGACUCUUGACAUCAGUUGUUUCUUCAGGCCAACAGCCACCUCGUAACCUUGGUAUAUCCACCAUAAGGAAUAACUCCACGUACAGAGCUGCUGUACUACAGGACUUUGGGCAAGACCUCGUUAUUCAAGAUUUUAAAAGGAAAAAAAUUAAAAGUGGCCAAGUCAGAGUUGCAGUGUAUAGUUGUGGAGUUAAUGCUUCAGAUCUGCUAAUGAUGGAGAAUAAGUAUGACCAGGUUUUCAAGCCCCCAUUUGUCCCUGGCUUUGAAAUUUGUGGUGAGGUAAUGGAGUUGGGAGAAGAUGUCAAGAGUGUGGCAGUCGGCAGUCGUGUCAUUGGAAUUAGCAAGGAAAAUCUGGGCGGCUUUGCAGAGGAAUGUGUUAUAUCAGAGCAGGACCUGUGGAUGGUAGAUCAUGCAGUGGGGUUUGACAGUGGAGCUGCUCUGGUCGACACUUACGCCACCGCCCUGAUUGGAUUACACCGUCGGGCGGGAGUACACGAAGGCAGCACAGUAUUGAUCACGGCCGCUGCGGGAGGUCUGGGUCUGGCUGCUGUUGACUUGGCUUCCAGUGUUUAUAAAGCUAAGGUUAUUGGUGUGUGUGGCACGGAGGACAAAGCAGACCUUGUUAGACAGAAAGGUGCCUGGGCAGCCCUGAAAUACAACAAGAAACACAUUAUAGCAAAGGUAAAUGAAGUGACUGGUGGUAAAGGCGUAGACAUCAUCUUUGAUGCUGUGGGAGGAGAUGUCUUCAAUGAUUGCUUAUCUUGCGUGGCACAUGAGGGAAGUGUGAUAGUGGCUGGCUUUGCUAGUCGAGUCAUCCCUCACAUUGAAACCAGCCAGCUGUUGCCCAAGGCCGUCUCCCUUAUAGGGCUCUCCCUCACACACUACCGAGAUGCUGACAACAAUGUGUACAGACAAGCAGUGGAAGAUAUAAUAGAGAUGCAUGAGAUGGGUCUUAUCAAGCCACAUAUUUCUGCCCUGUUCAAGCUGGAAGAUACAAAAUCAGCUUUUGCCUUCAUGACUGAAAGAAUGUCUACAGGAAAAGUGGUGCUCGAGAUACGUUAAGGAAAAGGCUUUACAAUUUAUAUAAUCAAUGUUGCUCUUAUAGUAUAAUAUACUGUACAGUUUAAUGCUUUGUUAUGACAUCUCUGUUUAAAAUUAUUUUAAUUUGUGUUGAUCAUAAUAAAAUGGUUUUGAUUUAUU